AUGGAUAAAGAGAAGAAAAUACAGCUCAGGAGAGUGUUUGGAUAUUACUGGGGCACAAGUUUUUUGAUCACUAAUCUAAUUGGUGCAGGAAAUUUUGUGUACUGUAGCAUGGACGUGGGGCUCUCCCUGUGUGUUUGGGCUGGCUGUGCCGUGUUGUCCAUGACGACAAUGCUCUGCUAUGCAGAGAUGGGUGUAAACUUCCCAUGCAGCGGAUCUAAUUACUAUUUUAUCAAGAGAUGCUUCGGCUCCUUGAUCGCUUUCCUGUAUCUCUGGACGUAGGUGUUUUGGGGCCCAGGGAUAAUUGCUGGCCAAGCCCUGCUCCUUGCUGAGUACGGCAUCCAGCCUUUUUAUCCCAGCUGCUCUGCCCCCAAGCUGUCAAAGAAAUGUCUGGCUCUAGCCAUGUUGUGGAUUGUGGGAAUUCUGACUUCUCGUGGUGUGAAACAGGUGACUUGGCUUCAGAUAGCUAGCACAGUGCUGAAAAUGUCCAUCCUUGGCCUCAUUUCCCUCAGUGGAGUGGUGUUGCUGGUGAAAGGGAGAGAGGAGAACGUAGAUCGGUUUCAGAAUGCUUUUGAUGGUGAAUUUCCAGAUGCCUCCCAGCUUAUAGAAGCUGUCUUCCAAGGAUAUUUUGCAUAUUCAGGGGAGCUGAAGACACCCAGAAAAACAAUUCCCAGAAUCAUAUUUACCGCAGUACCUCUGGUGACUAUACUUUAUUUACUGGUUAACAUUUCCCUCCUGACUGUUCUGACGCCCAAGGAAAUUAUCUCUUCAGACACUGUGGCUGUCACAUGGAGUGAUUGGUAG